AUGAAUCCUGCCGAAGCCCGAGGCUUGAACUCUCCACGAAUGGCUCCCAAGAAGGACAAGAAGAAACAGAACGAACCUGUUCAGCCGGAAUUGGUCACUGCAUACAAAGCACGCGAGCCCCUCCCGCCGAUUGAGCCUCCCGAUGUAUCGGAGGUGGACGCUCAGUGGAAGGCCUUGCGGGACCAGUAUGUCCAGCCACUUCCAGCUUGGAACUCUGAGCUCGUCGACACCACUGAGUGGAGGCCAAACGAAACAGAAGAUGCUUUCGCCAGCAAUCAGUUUUCAGUCUUCGCCAUGCCACGAAGUUUCGCUGCACUGGUUGCCGGCUGGCGGCGAGCGGGUGCGUCUGCCUUAGCAAAGGGGGAGCUUCUUCCAGAGGAGCCCGAGCCGCAGGCCCAGCCAAUUCCAGAUUUGAAAGAAGAGCCUCCAGAACCGGUUCCGGACCCGAAAGCAAAGGCUAAACCCAAGGCAGACACAAAAGCAAAGGCCAAAGCCAAGAACCAGCCAGAGGAGCCGCCUGAGAAGCCAACCACCAUGCAGCAAUAUGCAAAUUGCACAUAUGAGGGCGAGGCUCGGGUGGUCAGCCAGUCGGAAUUCCGCUCACGCGAGUUGCUGCUCGACUUAGACGAUGCUGCGCCACAGCUGAGUCAAGCAAUCGCUUCUCAGUUUGCUGCUGUGGCCGAGCACAGACUUCUGCUGCCGGGAGGGUGCUUUCUGUGGGAGUUGAUACACCCACAAGACGAGGAAGGAAUGCCGCUGUACAACCCACACGGAAAAUACAUUGUCAAGCUCUUCGUUCAGGGCAAGUGGAGACAAGUUCUCAUCGAUGACGUAGUUCCAGUGGGGUAUGCGAUGCAUGGCAACAAUACAUAUGCGUCGCUUCUUCCGUGCAGCCAGGAUAUCAACAUCAUUUGGCCACAGCUGUUGGCAAAAGCCCUGAUCCAAGCGUUUCAGGACGAUCUCAACAUGCCGGUACUGCCAUGCAUUACCGCGCUCACGGGUUGGGUUCCCUACCAGCUGCCACUCUCCUGGUCUGCUCUGCAAGGGCUGAAAGCUGUUCGGACUUUCUGCACAUUGCAAACGAGCUCACAGGUUGAUUUCGAAGCUCGCCAACGUGCUGAGUUGAUGCCAUCCAUUCCCCAGGCAGAGGCCCAAGCUGGGCCUCGCAAAUCCAUCGCUGUACCCAUGCAGGCCCCGACCUUUCCACCAGGACAGGAGCAGAACCUGAAGUUGGGAAAUCAGCCACAGGAGGCUUUGCUGGAGUUUCUCGUCUGUGAAACGGAAGAAGAACCACGACAGGUGCGGCUAAAGGCGGACGCCUUUGUUCCUCAACAUGGCACGCCUCGCAAGCAAGUCAGGGAUGCAGACAGCGAGGAAGAGGACGGUUCGGCAGAUGCAGGGAACACAGACGGACAGCCCGUCCAAGUGGAUGAAGAGGUUGAUGAUUCUGACCGGGACGACCUUGAUGAGGAUGAUGACGGCCAAAACACUCACUCCGGGGAGGGGGAGGGCGCAGAGAAGCGAACGGACCAGGGCGGAUCUCAAAGCGGCGAAGGGCCAGAGAUGGAGCAGGAUGAGGAGCCAGAAAUGUCAGACAUGCCCUGGGUGGCACCCUGGCCGAAUCAAAAUCCACAUCCGCUGUUGAUGAAAAGCUCGAUCCAGGAGUUCCAAGCGCAGCUCCAAGGAGGCAAUUGGGUUAGCUUCGAGGAGUUGGAGACGACAAGCGCAACGUUCUGCAGUUACAUACCACCCGGCGAACACGUCCUCACAGCCACACUGGACACGUGCUGGGACGGGGAGCGUGCCCAGGCUUACAUGCCACCCAAGACUUGCCUGCUGCGGAUUUGCCUGGUGCUCCAAGAGCUGGAGCAAGGAGCUUCCAGGAAUCGCCUAGAAGCUGGGGAUUCCAAGCCCAAGCCUGGACCUCCGUGGCUGCAGACAGUCUUCAGCUAUGAACCAUUGGGGCAGAACGGUCGAUUGUCAGAGACACCACCGCCUUCGUCUCCGUGCAGCUGUGUCUUACAGGCUGUGAACAGUUGGAGGCCCAGCGCUGGCCAACAGGUGCUGGAGCCACCGGACUGCAUCAAUCUCACAGUUGGUGACGGUGCCCAGCCGAGCAGUGUAAGCUUCUCUGCGCUUAUGCCACCAGGUGAGCAUUGGUACCUGGUGAGCGACGAUGCUGCUGAGCUGGCGGGGUCGGUGCUUUCUGUCAGCGUUGAAGGCUUGUUGUUAAAUGGAGGAAAGUCAUCGGUGGACUUCGUGGAGCCAGCAAAGGCACUGUCUAAAUAUCAGAUGGCACUCCUACCAGUGGGCCCGCUUCAGUACCCGAUUCACACCGGCUACUGUGUUUGGGCGAAGUCGGAGAUUCUGGUGUCAGAGGCCUACGCCGACAGCUUACAGACACUGCAGCUUCUCUGCCAUCUGACCGAUGUGACCUUGUGGCCUUACAUCCAACUGUCUUGCCUGCGUGUGUCAGAACUGGAAUCUAAAGCUGACGAGCCGGCAGAAAAUCGCUGCGCAAACUGGUCGGUGUCAACAGUGCUGAAGUCGCCACUCCUUCGUGUUAUGUCUUUGCCGCUUGCCGACGAGGAAGCAAUUGGACCAGCGAAGUACGUGCUUAUGUUGGAGGCCAACUUGCCGCCAGAGGUGCUUCCCAAAACUGGCGGCGAGAUAUCGAUUCAGAUCUUUGGUCCUCCUGGAACGGCCACAGAGCCCGAGGAUCCAUUGGAAGGAGGGGAGAAAGAGGGAGAAGCUGGUCUCGACGACGAGGUGCCGCUGCAGCUCCAAAUGCUUACCGUGGACAGGGUGAUGCGCUGGCAAGGAGAUUGCUCGGAAAAUGACAAGGGCUUAGUCUUGUGCGAGCGCAUCACGGUUCCCCCGGAUGGAGACGUGACAAGCACACUUCGUAUCUCUGUGGAACGGCUUCCCCAGGCCUUCUUGCGAGCUACACUCGUUGCUCAAAUGCCUCCAACAGAUGACAUGCGCGCGCCCAACCCAGACGGGACUCCACUGGAGCCACUGGUGCCUGGAGCACCAAUCAAUCCAAGAGACUAUGGCGGUCGAAGGAACUGGCUGUCACGAUGCAAGAAGGUGGCCGAAACGAGCGGGCUUGAGAUCGUGUCUUUCUCUCACGUGCUGCUGAGACAAGCCUCGACCUACCUGUUGUACGUGCACCUGGACCAGUUCAGGGGUCCUGCCAGCCUCGACGGCGGAGCUUGGGUUCUCGAAAGCUUUGGCUCUGGCUCUUUAGAGGUAGGAUCCGAUGCCAUGGAGCAGGAUCUGGAGGAGUUGGUCCGAAAGUCUUGGGAAUCCUCGCAACAGGAGGGAGAAGCCAAACCUCGCUCCGAGAUCGCGGCCGAAACGCGAGAAGCCUGGACGUCCACCAAGUCUGGAGCUGGAGCGAGCGGCGAGGCCGAGGAUACCGUCGGCAAAGCCGAGGAGGACCAGGUGAUCGCUUCUGUUCUGGAGCGUACUCGGGAGGUCGCGCAUCCCAACGAUAGCAUCGCCAAAUUCUUGUGUGGCCACGCAGACACCCCAGCGGUUCUCACACAAGAGGAUCCGUACACCGUCGCCCCAGACAGGCCAGAAUGGAAACCGGCAGAAGAUACGGAUGGAGUGGUCAGUGAAGAGGUUUGUGCAGAGGACACGGAGGCUGUGGCCGUGAAAGCUUUGGGCACAGAGGGUGAGCGACACGCUCGAGAACUCGAGAUUGAGCUGUCGAACGCCAGGUGGCAAGCUGCCAAGGAGAGACUCGAUGCAGCGAAGGAAAGAAAUGCAAGCCAGAUACAGGAGCUGCGGCAGUGGCGAGAUGAGCGAACGGCAGUGCCCGGAGGGGUUCAAGGAUCUAACUUUGCGAGCGCACGGAGCGAGCUACGCGGUGCUCUGCACUCGCGCAUGGAGAAAUGUGCGGUGCUGAAGAUUCUCUGUUUCGAUGAGAAGCGUAUGGACCCAGAACCUCUGAGAGCCGCUCUUUCAGAAGCUGAUGUCGCAGGUGCAAGGAAUUACGACCCGGAUCUCAUGGACAACUCUAUGCGAAAGCUUCAAGUCCUCGAUGGAGCCGUGGCCUUCCAGGAGACGAUGGUGACAGCAGAAGCGAAAAUCGAGGCUGCUGCAGCAGCGUCUUCUGCUGUCCAAGCGACGGAUGAAGGCAGCGAAGGGUUUGCUGAGGCCAAAGAUGCUGCAUCGACUGCAGCUGAGGAAGCUGCUGCCGCUGCAAAUGCGCUCGGCGAUUCCCUCGCGGAGUUCAAGGCGAGCAUCAAGGAUGCUCAGGCCUUCGACAUACCUGUGCCUGCAGAUCUGUUGAACGAGGAACGAAUGGAAAAAGCAACGGCAUUGCUCGAGCAACAUGCUGCCGCCGCAGCUGCGGUCAGCGCUGACACCGAGACUGCCUGA